AUGUCCGAACGCACACAUCACGACGGCUCUGCGGGUCGCGCGUACACGGUCGAGCAGAAAGCAGCGGUGCUGCGCAUAAGAAAAUGCGCGCCCACGGCGUACUACGAGAUCCUCGGCCUCGAAGAGGUCAGGAAGACGUGCACAGACGGCGAAAUCAAGAAGGCGUACAGAAAGCUGUCGCUGCUCACACAUCCGGACAAAAACGGAUACGCCGGCGCAGACGAGGCGUUCAAGCUCGUCUCCAAGGCCUUCCAGGUGCUCAGCGAUCCGGACAAGAAGAACAAAUUCGACCAGUUCGGCGGAGACCCAGACGCGCGCUUCAACCCGGCAGCCGCGGGCGCCGGAGGCGGAGGGUCGCCGUUCAGUGGAUUCGCGGGGCAGCGGGGAGGCGGAUUCCAGGAGGAGAUGACGCCCGAGGAACUGUUCCGGCAGUUCUUUGGCGGGGGAUUCGGCGCGCCGUUCGGCGGCUUCGACACAGGGCCAGGCUUCGUCUUCAACCUCGGCGGCGGACCCGGCGUGCGCGUACAUCAGUUUGGCGGCGGACGGCCGAGGAGAAGACCGGGGACGGCGCAGCCGCCGGGCCAGGAAGCGACGCCGGGGAUGGGCAACAUGCUGGGCAACCUGCUGCCGCUGCUCUUCCUGUUCGUGCUGCCGCUGCUGUCGAGCCUCUUCUCCGGCGGCUCGUCGAGCUCCGGCCCGAGCUUUGCCUUCACCCCGCAGCGAGACUACACGUGUCUGCACAAGUCGCAGGGCGCCUUCGGCGUCAACUACUACGUCGCGCCCGCCGUAUGCAGCGAGUACGGCGGCAACCCCCGAGACAAGCGGUGGAAGGCGCUGGACAAGCAGGUCGAGGCCUCGUACGUGCACACGCUCGACGUGCGGUGCAGCAACGAGCAGUACACACAGAGCAAGAAGAUGCAGGACGCGCAAGGCUGGUUCUUCGUCGACGAAGAGGCCAUGGCACAGGCCCGCAGCAUGCCCAUGCCCAACUGCGACCUGCUGGCCAAGCACGGACUGCGCCGGCGGUACUGA